GAAAUAAACAGUGUAGACGUCAACAGUCACCAUCGCAGAUUCUUACCAGCGUUUGCUACACUGAAGUUGGAGCUUUUUAUUUAAAAUCUUAUCCAAAUUAAUCUCAGCUUUUUUUCUUUAUCGUUCUAUGGAUUUUCUGCAGUUGUUAUCAUGGGCGUGCAUCGUGUUUACCAUCGGCAUGUUCUCUACAGGACUGAGCGAUUUGAAGAAAAUGAAAGCCACGCAGAGUGCAGAUAGCGUCCAGUUCCUUCCUUUCCUUACCACGUUCUUAAAUAAUCUAGGCUGGCUGUACUAUGGGGUGCUGAUAAAAGAUGGCACGUUGAUGCUUGUUAAUUCUAUUGGAGCCUCUCUGCAGUGUCUGUAUAUUCUCACCUACUUCCAUUAUGCCAAAGAGAAGAGGAGAGUGUUUGUGCAGACACUGGGCAUGGCGUGUGUGUUGUGUGUAUCAUGGGUGUAUUUCAGCAUGAUCGUACCUCCAGGAAGCACUCAGCUUUCUCAGCUCGGCCUUGCCUGCAGCGUCUUCACCAUCACCAUGUACCUGUCGCCGCUCGCUGACCUGCUGGAGAUCAUACGCACUCGUUCUGUAGAGCGCUUGUCCUUCUCCCUCACAGUCGCCACCUUCUUUACAUCCACCUCCUGGGCUCUGUAUGGCCUUCAGCUAGGGGAUUACUACAUUAUGGUCCCAAACACACCAGGUAUUGCAACAAGCCUCAUCCGUUUCCUCCUCUUCUGGCUAUUCGACUCUACUAGUCAAGACAAGCCAUCUUUUAAAUCCUUCCAGAUCUGAGCAGAUCUAAUUAAUUCACCAAGUGCCUUAGCUAUGUUCCCUUAGCCAAUCUAAACCAAAUCCCCUGUCACCUCUUCCACCACACCCUGGUCCUUAUACUAUCGAAGGUGGUAUCGUCACUAUCGGUGCUGUCCGUAGAAGCCGCCUGCCACCUAAAUAAAACUUAUCACUGCCUCAAACAAUCCGGAGAGAAGAUCCUCAGAAUCUGCUCAGCGGUUACGAUCGUGACCGUGUGCUGUUGUGAGUUUAAAAUGAAAAGUUCAGCUGCAAGCUUCUUCACACAACCCUCAAAUGCUUGGGGGUGUUUGUAUGAACCGUGACCCCAAUUUAAAAAACAAGGAAAUUUCCCCAAGCCUAGGUGGAACGAUACGGAAAUUUAACACGACACCUCAAGCUCACGAGCAGAUAAUAUGAAAUGUCGUCUUAUCUGCAAAUUAGAUUCGGACAACCUGAAGCGUAAUGCUUAGCUAUUGUUUUAUACAAACAAGUCCCUCAAUGUGGCGUAUGUAUGUUCUGAACAUAUAGAAUGUAAAAGUUCACUCAGGAUCAGACAGACUAUUAAAUCUCAUGCUUGGCAGCUUUUUUCUUUUUCCCUUUUCUUUUUUUUUCAGCUCCACUCGGAUACACCCCUUCUGCUUAAAAAGCGUUAUCGGGUGUGUUUGGUUUGGGCUGAAGUAAACACGCACACACCCUGAUCUCUGGGUGUAACUUAGUUUAUAUCUGCCAGAUGUGCCAAGAGCUUUGUGCACUUAUCCUGGACUCCUUGGCUUGGUUUGUAAUUUUUUUUUUUUUUUACAUUACUGUGGCUCGUACUAUAAAUCAGAAAGAAAGUAGACAACAUGGUUUGUUGUUUUUAAAGCUAAAGCCGUGUGCAACCGUUCAUCAUUAGUGCAACCUGUAAUAGGAGUCAAAACAAGCUGCUCGUGUGCUGCACAAAUCUGUGUCCCAGUUUAUCUGUUACUUUUUUAUCCUUUUCUUUUUCCCCCUCAACCUUUAGACGUUUCCUUAAAGGGCACCUUUAAUUCCGUAGUACUCUAUAUUUGCAUCCCUUACUGGAUUCUAUAACGUUUCAGUCGCUGAUGCUCUCUCCUGUUAAAGUAAAUAUAUAAAUAUAUAUGAUUCAGCUCGCCUCCUCACAACCCAUGCUUUAUGAAAGAAUUUAAAAAAAAAAAAAAAAAAAAAGCCUGGGACUGUUUGCAAUAAGAAACGGGAUGUUUUUUCACUUUCACUAGUCAAAAAGGCUUAUCACACCGUGCUUAACCCGAGGUUACGGUCAUUCUAAUCCCUGAUUUUAACCCUGUGUAGAGGAACAUUACGCACUUAUAAUUUAGAAGCACUGCUUUUUACCUGGAGUGAUGAAAUACUGCUCUGAAACUGAGUUAGCAUGGCUUUUGUGGUGCCAAACGUGUACAGUGCUAGAUGCUUAGCAACAGUCAAAAGAUCAGAAAUUGACCAAGUUCCUCGGUGCCUCAUGUCACGUGCCUCCAAAACCAUCCUGUUGUGUUAACAGCAGCACCACAAAUGGGGACAGAAAACACGUCAAAUGUAGUAAAGAUGAAUCAGUCAGAAAUAACAGAGUAUUUAAGGAAAUGACUGAAAAAUUAGCAGAAGCCGGAGAUCCACAAAUACAUGGUCAACUACACGCCAAUCUUAAAGAGAACAAAAACUGAUUAGAAAGCUGUGAAAUAUAACAACACGUGCUCAGGUUGCAGAACGGCAGACCUGCCAUUUUGGAAAUUUUAGACCCAAUUCUUAAAGGUCGGCCAAGGGUCGAGAUUUCAAGAGGUUGCACGUCGUAUUUAUCUAAUCAUGACCACCGAUUCUACAAAUGUGCAAAUAAUAAAAGUUAACUCAGGGUUUAGGAAUGUACAGUGUGGAAAGAUCAGAUUAGGAACAGCCAGGAUGAAUUGUUAACCCUGGGUAAAGUAUGAGCAGUGUGAAACGAGAUAACCCAGGAUUCUGUUUUCCUCAGGGAUUCAGGGUUAACUAUUUCAAGUGUGAAAAGCCCUACAAAUUCCUGAAGAGUGAUAUACAAGUCCAGACUCCUUUCACCUUGCAUUAGAUUUCAUUCAAAUCUGAGUAAGGCAUGGAACGAAGAGUGAAAAACACCAUCCGUGAGAAGGCGAGUGAGAACAGACCUUUGCGUAGAUCUGCUGGAGUCCAUGAGGUUCGAGUUAGAGCCCAGCAGAGGUACAUAUUUACUCAUUCUCCUGUUUACAUACACAAAGCCAAUAAAAGGAAGAGCUAAUGGUUCUAGGGUCUAAGUGUUUAAGUGAAGCUUCAGCUACGUAGGAGGUUUUAUCUGUGAUUUAUUUUGUUUAAAAAAACAAAAAAAACAAAAGCGUUUAUACUCUCUACUAGGGUUUGUCCAAUCAGGGACUUCUGCAAUCUAGAAAAAUAAAUAUUUUACCUCAGUGAUCAUUGUGCUGUUCUCCAUAUCAAAUCUAUUUAAUGUGUUUGUCAAGUGUAACACCUUAUGAUGCGUCAGGACUUUCUUAUACACUGCAUUUUAUCUGUGUGGACUGAAUGGAAACGGAUGUUUGUUUUCUGAGUUUGUAUUAAAAAAAAAAAAAGUUUCUCAGAAAUAAAACAUUAUAUAAUAAUCUUUAUGUAAUAAA